CCGCCGUGCGCGGCACACCUGGAGGAGGUGGCGGCGGCGCUGUGCACGGAGCAGGUCCGCGUGCAUCUCUUGGGCCGAUGCCCGGCCCACCGGGCGGCGCUUCCCUGGCCGCCGCCCGCGAACCGCGCGCUGGGGAGGCGCCGAGCCACGAGAGCGUGCGCGGAGCUCCGCAAGUUUGAUGUGCAGUUUUUCCUUUUCUUCCAAGGCGGGGGCUUCGGGAGGAGCGCGUGGUCGGCACCCGACGGAGGAAAAAAUGCAAUCGUCGUCGAGGCCAUCGUCCCCGUAGCGAUCUCGGCGCGCGGAAUCUGCCCGAAGCCUUCCAGUGCAUAG